AUGGACAACAGACUGACAUCUGAGACAGCAUAUUUUGUUUUGGCAGGCCGGGCCUAUAUCCGACCCGCUUACUGGGGUUUCGCCGAGCUUGGCCUUAUUUUGGGUCUAGAAAUUAGGGGUCGAUCCGACCCGGCCCAUUCGUACCCUGUAAUAGUAGGUUAA